AGAGAAAAAAAAUCUGCAAGUCCCAUCCAAACACUACUCUUAUUAACACACACAAAAAAAAAAACCACUUCUCUUUCUCUUCUCCACUCACUCGGAGUAACCUGCAAGCUGUUCAGAAAAUUGUGUUUUCCUUCCUAUUUUCCAAUUCAUGCUCUAUAAAUGUUUCAUCUCGCGUCUUCCCCAUUCUUAUCCUUAACCUAUCCGAAAAACCACCUUCACAGUCCUCGUUAUCCAACUAAAUCUUCAGUCAAAACAUCGUUCUCCGUACGUUGUUCGGUGCCACACUCGAAUAAUGAACCUAUAGUGGAAUAUACUCCUUGGCUCAUCGUUGGUUUGGGUAACCCUGGAAACAAAUACCAUGGCACAAGACACAAUGUUGGAUUUGAAAUGAUUGAUAGUAUUUCUCGAAAUGAAGGCAUUCUGAUGAAUACAAUACAGUCAAAAGCCUUGAUUGGAUUAGGUUCUAUAGGAGAAGUACCUGUUUUGUUGGCAAAGCCUCAAACUUACAUGAAUUUUAGCGGCGAAUCGGUUGGGCCGCUUGCUGCAUAUUAUCGAGUGCCCUUGCGUCAUAUUCUACUGGUUUAUGAUGAAACUAGUCUUCCAAAUGGUGUUUUGAAGCUUUCACCUAAAGGUGGACAUGGGCAUCACAAUGGGUUGAUGAAUGUGAUAGGCCAUUUGGAUGGUUCCCGUGAUUUUCCUCGAUUUGCAAUCGGAAUUGGAAGUCCUCCUGGAACUAUGGACUUAAGAGCGUUUCUUCUACAAAAGUUCAGUUCGGUGGAAAGAAAGCAGGUUGACGAGUCAUUGGAGCAAGGAGUUCAAGCUGUUAGGACCUUAGUGUUGAAUGGGUUUAAGCAUCAAGUGAAUAGAUUCAACAUAGGGCAAAAAUACAAGUACAAUAAAGUUUAAUGUUUUUCAAAUGUACCUCUAGUUUUUGGUUAUAGAUGAAAUGGUUACCUCCUUGUGUGCUAGCAUUUUUGACGGAAAA